AUGAUUUAUUUUAUUUAUUUUUUGAUAGAUUUCGCAUGUUUAUUCGAAUUAGUUGGUCGAAUACCAAAUGCGACCGUUCAAUUGAAAAAAAUUUUUGAAAACAAUUUUCGUCCAAAAGGUAUUGAAUCUAUAGAACGAAUCAGUGCCACUGCAAUUGAUGAUCCUGAACUUUAUGUUAAAACAAUUCUUGAGAUUCAUGAAGAUUUGUCUAAUGUUGCACAAAAGUUUUUUCAUAAUAACGAACAUCUUAUAGAUUCUUUUAAUAAAGCUUGUGGAAAUUUUAUUAAUAAUAAUGCAGUAACAAAAGCUGCUGAUAAUAAAAGAAAAUCAGCUGAAUUAUCAGCUCGAUAUUGUGAUAUACUUUUACGAAAAGGAAUUGAAGCUGUAGUAGAGACAGAUUUGGAAGAAAAAUUCAAUCAGAUCAUGGUGGUAUUUAAUUAUCUUGAAGAUAAAGAUGUUUUUCGAAAAUUUUAUGAAAAAAUGUUAGCCAAACGUUUAGUUGGUCAACUAAGUGCUUCUGAUGAAUAUGAAGAAUCAAUGAUUUCUAAAUUAAAAGAAGUAUGUGGUUUUGAAUAUACAUCAAAAUUACAACGAAUGUUUCAAGACAUUGGUGUUAGUAAAGAUUUAAUUGAUCCAUAUCGAAAAUAUUGUGAAGAAAAUAAACUUGAUGAUAUUGUUGAUUUUUCUGUCAUGGUUUUCAGUUCAAAUUCAUGGCCGUUUGCCGCGCCAUCAAAUUUUGUUCUACCAAUUGAACUUAAAAAACCAUUUGAUAGUUUUACUAAAUUCUAUACCCAGCAAAAACAUACAGGUCGUAAGCUAACAUUGGUUCAUCAACAUUCAAAAGGAGAUUUACAAACAUUAUAUACUAAGCCAAAAUAUAUUUUACAUGUAUCAACAUAUCAAAUGGUAGUUUUACUUUUAUUUAAUAAAUCAUCAAGUUGGACAGUUGAAAGAAUGAAAGAUGAAACUCAAAUUGAAGAUGCUUUACUUUUACAAGUUCUUUGUGGUUUAUUGAAAAGUAAAUUAAUAACAUGCGCAGAAAUUAAUGUUGAUGAAUUUGACAAAGAUUUUAAAGAGACUGAUAUUAAAAUGAAUUAUAAUAUUAACAUAGCUGAAGAUUUUAAAAGUAAAAAAACUAAAAUAAACUUGAAUGUACCAUUAAAAUUAAUCAAACAAAAAGAUAUCGAAGAUUUACAUCGAACAAUUGAUGAAGAUCGAAUAAUAGUUAUUCAAGCUGCAAUCAUUCGAAUAAUGAAAGCUCGGCAAACUCUAAAACAUGCAUUAUUAAUGCAAGAAGUUAUACAGCAACUAAGUUCACGUUUUAAACCAGAAAUACGUGUGAUUAAAAAAUGUAUUGAUAUAUUAAUUGAAAAAGAAUAUCUUGAACGUCAAUCAAAUGAAAAAGAUGUUCUACGUUAUUUGGCUUAA